GGGCCGCGGGUGGGAGGUGGCUCGCCUUGCGACGAGGCUGCCCUUGGUGGUGCGCGGCAGCCCGACUUCGGAGAGGCACAAUUAUGUUUAUAGACUUGGCUUUGAGGAAGGUGACAUUUGCGUGCACCUCACAGUCUGAUCACUUCUAAACUGUGAGCCCUUCUGAGGUUGUUGACCCUUUAUAAUGACUUUGGACCAAUAAAGAGACUACCUUUAACAAAUAAGAACGAGCCAUCAAUUUCAGUCUCUAUAGAAGCUGCAACCCAGCCCAUCCUUCAGAAUGCAGUGGAACGUACUGCGGACUGUGUCUCAGCUGGCACAUAGGACGUGGCUGGAGCCACGGGCGGCUGGCCUGUUUGGACACUGGCACCAUGUGAAGGGACCAUUGCUUUUGCACCGUGCCAAGUCCACAGUGAUUUGGGCCCAAAGCCCUCAGGAGUGGUGGCUGCACUCACCUGCGGCCCGGUGCCUGGUGGAGGAGCGGAAGCCAUUGUCUGCACAGCCCCUCCAGUCCAGGGUCCUGUGCCACAAACGAUGGGCGCGGGAUGUUUCGUCUGCCAGGGGUCUAUCAUCCAGUGCCGCCCAAGGAUCGCCUUCAGACAAAAAGGAAGAGCCUGACCCUUUGCAGGACAAAUCUAUUAGUCUUUAUCAGCGGUUUAAGAAGACAUUUAGACAAUAUGGGAAGGUUUUGAUCCCUGUGCAUCUAAUAACUUCUGGUGUUUGGUUUGGAACCUUUUAUUAUGCAGCCAUGAAAGGAGUGAAUGUCAUUCCUUUUCUAGAGCUCAUCGGGUUACCUGACAGUAUUGUGAACAUCCUGAAAAACUCCCAGAGUGGAAAUGCCCUGACAGCCUAUGCCAUGUUCAAGAUUGCAACGCCUGCGCGCUACACAGUGACCUUGGGAGGAACGUCCUUCACAGUGAAGUAUCUGCGUGGUCAUGGCUACAUGUCGACCCCACCGCCCGUCAAGGAGUAUCUGCAGGACAGGAUGGAGGAGACUAAGGAGCUCCUCACAGAGAAGAUGGAGGAGACCAAGGACAGACUCUCAGAAAAACUGCAAGAAACCAAAGAAAAAGUUACCUUUAAGAAGAAAGUGGAAUAGGGUGCCUUACAUACACAGCUCACAGACGCUUCCUGCACUUUGACCCUCUGGAAACUGGGCAGAGACUCGUGCUUCUGGUUAUUUUUUUGGUUAGUUGCUUAAAAAUACCAGUUCUCUGAGGGUUAAGGAAUCAUGAUACCUUUUUAAAGUUAAACAUCACUAGAAAAAUCAGUGUUUUUGAAAAGAAGUGAACCCAGUAUAAGACUCUCGCAUCACAGCAGCAGUAAGUAGUGGCUGAUGUCUUUCAAACCAGGACUCGCCUCCCAGGCCUGCAGGAUCACAGCUGUGCUGCUGUUGCCGGCCAGCUGGAGUGUGUGCAGGCAAGGCAGGUGGCACCUGAAUAACUAGAUCCAGGAAGACUGCUCACACUGGACCGUAGUCUCUGUUACCCACCAAGGUGUAAUGCAUUCCCUUCUCCAUGGGGAGCUUGGUCUUCUAUGAAAAUGCAUCUAACACUUACCUAUCACUUAAAAUAGAGACUCUGUAUGGAGAAAGUUGAAUAAAAACUGUCUGAUGGAUGUCAA